AUGAAGGACGACAUUGAAACACACCAGACGAGGGUGACCUCCGUCGAGAGUAUCGACGAAAAGCUUGUUGACUAUCAGGAUGUGGACGCAGCCCUUGGCUUUUUGCGGGCCAAUGCCAGUGCUGGGCAGGCAAUUGACAUUGACGAGAAGAAGCUCAUGCGAAAGGUCGACUGGAUGAUCAUGCCAUUGAUGUUCGCCUGUUAUUAUUUGCAGUAUACUGACAAGACUCUGCUCUCCUAUGCCGCGAUCAUGGGCGUCAUUGAGGACACCCACAUGCCGUCGAAUGGCUUCUCGAAUUUGGCAAUCGCAUUCUAUGUCUCUUUCCUGUUCUGCGAGCCACUUCAGUCCUUCUUCAUCCAGAAGUUCCCUACCGCGAAGUAUUUGGGUUGCAAUGUGAUUCUGUGGGGCAUCGUUGUCUCCCUGAACUGUGUCUGCCACAAUUUUGCAUCCAUUGUCGCGCUUCGGGUCUUGCUCGGCAUGUUCGAAUCAUGCGUUGCUCCCAGGCAAGUGCGGUCAAAGUUCGAGACGAAAAUGUGUCUGACCGAUUUCAGUCUUGUAAUCCUCACGGCCAUGUGGUACAAGCGGCAUGAACAAGUUUCACGGAUGGGGAUCUGGUACCAAGGCACAUCGGUGGCCCCAGCUGUGUCCUCCUUGGCCUCAUACGGCUUCCUCCAUUACACAAACUCCCACCCGCACCUCCAUUUCAAGUCGUGGCAAAUCCUGUUUCUCGUCUUUGGGAUCAUCACGAUUGCUAUUGGCGUCUUAGUCGUCCUCUUCCUUCCGGAUAACCCUAUGAAAAGCCGGUUGUCUGCCGAAGAGAAAAUCUACAUUAUCGAGCGAGUCCGCGAGAAUCAGACUGGAAUUGAGAACAAGAAAUUGAAGACCAAGCAGGUCAAGGAGGUGCUCCUUGAUUUCAGAACUUGGUUGCUGAGUUUGGUUGUCAUCACCACCAACGUGCCCAACGGCGCCGUUAGCUCUUUCUCCAGCAUUAUUAUUGAGAACUUUGGUUUCGACGAGUACACAACGUUGCUCCUCAACCUCCCUGGGUGCGCGGUCGCUUUCGUGUCAGUCGGUUUCGGAACAUGGUGGGCCGGCAGAUAUAAUGGCAGGGGCAUCGCAAUCAUUGUUCUCACGAUCCCGACCUUGCUCGGAGGAGCUCUGAUGGCAUGGUUGCCUCCUUCAAACAAGGGUGGCUUGCUCACGGGCAAUUACUUGACUAAUACCGUCGGUGCUACUCUUCCGUUGAUGUACAGCUGGAUCACAUCGAACUAUGCUGGACAUACGAAGAAGAUCACGAUGAACGCGAUUGUACUGAUGAGCUUCUGUGUGGGCAAUAUCAUCGGGCCGGAGACUUUCCGCGCCAAAGACGCGCCCCAAUACAUCCCGGCAAAGCUUACCAUUGUGGUGAUUCUCUCGGUUGCCAUUGUCCUGGCCAUCACACUUGAUUUGCUCUACGUGCGGGAGAACAAGAAGAGGGACCGUGAAGACCAUCAAGAUCUGCCUCAGGAUUACGAGUUCCUUGAUUUGACAGAUAAGGAGAACAGGAACUUCAGAUAUCUGCUAUGA